UUUUUUCGGUAUUUAUAUUUGGCAUUAUUUAAGAGGAAAUUCAACACAAUAACAAAUUAAAUGUGAAAUCUUAUCAAAAUAAGGAAAAAUUACACAAAUAAGCUGGACAAUUUCAAACACAUCAAGGCAGCCACGAGCAUCGAGGAAAUUGGCGCGAUGGAACCAUCAGCUUGCGAAGACUUAAAGGCAUUCGAGCGGCGACUAACCGAAGUGGUUUCAUCAUACAGACCACCCACGUUCCGUUGGCGCAUCAUACUAUCUGCAUUAUCCGUAUGCACAGCAAUCAGCGCAUGGUAUUGGCUGAAAGAUCCGCGCACGACCGUUGUGCCGCUAACUGAAUCUCUAUGGAUACACCCCAUCUUCACAGUGGCCACAAUCACAUUAAUAUUCCUCUUCAUUUUUGGCAUACAGAAGUUGGUUGUGGCACCACAGAUAAUCACGUCGCGUACGCGGACAGUGCUAACAGAUUUUGCCCUGGACCUAGAGCCGCAUACUGGAAAAUUAAUAUUAAAGCCUCGACAGAGUAAUAACAAUGGAUGUACAUGAAGGCUUCUAGAUACAAUCUUUUAAUUUGCCUUGCCCAUGUCCAUUUAUAACCUAACUAUGAUGCACACUUCCACGCUGAUCGUAUAUUUGCAUCCGAAACCUUAGUUUAAUGCAUAAAAUCCCAAUAUAAUCUUAUCUAAUCUAAUCACAAAAUUACACACUUUUGAUUGGUUCCACUUGUACAAUGUCAAUGCUGGCAAUGUUUAGCAGAGAAACAAAUAUAAUUAAUAAUUUAUGGAUCACACAACCAAAUUAACAAUAUGAUAAAUUGUAGCUCAGCUCACAGGCCAAUUUUAUUUACAUAAAUUAUCUGAUAGUCUUAUAAUGAAGUUUAUCUUUAUAUGGCUUUGGGAAAGAGAUCCUUUUGUUGACACGAUUUUUGCCUAAAAACUCAAAUA